AGAUAAAGUAAUACAGCCAUUACCUGCAGUACUGGGUGACCACUUAGGCGUGCAGGACAGUUCUAAACAUAUUGGUGUUACUAUACCAGGUGUACAUCAGAUGGAAAUAGGCUCUGUUAACGGGCAUCUAAAUUCAAAUGUCAGAACAGAAAGCAAUACCGGUGAACAAAAGAAAAGAGAGAAUGAUCAAAAUACUAAAGGUGGGGCAAAUGGAAUGAAUGCUAGACUCGAUACAAAUAAAAAUAUAAUGGUCGUAGCUAAGCUUGGAAAUACUGAAGGUGCUAGUGUUAAUGGAAAAAAUAAAAGUAAUGCUACGGAAGGAAAUCAAAGUGGUGAUAGUUUGAGGGAGGAGAAAAACGACAAGGGGUUCAUUAGUGCAGAUGAAAUAGCAAGUGGGCAGAUAGUUGCACAUGAAGGAAUAAUAAAGCUAAAGUUUAAAACAGAAGCUGGUGUUAAACUUUACCAAGAAUUGUGUAGUAUCGAUGAUGAAUCAUCCAAGAUGAUGACUUGUAAAAAAUAUUUUGAUGGCGAUGGAAACUGGAUAUUUGAGCUGGACAUGCCUAUUUCGGGACAGUACUCGUUUAAUUUGAUUGGAAAAAAUUCUGACAAUAAAACUAAGCCAAUAUAUAGUUGUCUAAUUACGUCAUCAGGUCAUCCAUUCCCUUCAAUGCUAAAAGCAACUAACGAAAGGAAGCAUACGUCAAUAAAGCACGAGACCAUUGUGACACAGGAACCCUCAAUUACGGUUCCCGCCAUCUCAAGCACCAGAGAAAUAUUAACAUCACUACGGAGUAAUACUGUUCCUCUAGAUCAAUUAAGUAAAGUUGCCAGAGUUAUCAAACAAGAACACGAUUUGGCCGUUCAUUUGAAACUGCCAGGCGAGUUUAUGCUGGAUAUAUUCAAAUACCAUUCAGAGGAAGGUUUGACUACCUUAGCCAGGUACUUUAUUGUCAGAAAAUUUAAUCCUGCUAUUGAUCAAAAUGAUUGGGAAUGCAUGUCUUUGAAUGCUUUGUUUGACGACGACGAGGAAGAUGAUUCAAAUAACUUGUACAGCAGACCCGUUACAAAAUCCAACAAAGUGAGAUUUAAAGAUUCAAAAGGGACCAUAACUUAUAACAUUAAACAAGCCAUAAGUCAGAAAGAUCUGGACAAAUUAAUAUCAUACAUGAAGGUAUAUGACAUCACUAGACCAUUAACAACUGAUCCACUGUCAUUGAAAGCCAAUCAGAUGAUUAUGUUUCUUCAAGCUCAAAAAUAUUUAGACAGAGCUUGUCAAUCAAGGAAAGAAAGUAUUUUAGAAGAUGCUGUGGAACAAGCAAAGAAAGCUGGGCUUACUCGAAGACUUAACUCAAAGAUCGUUAUAGCAACCAGAAUUCUUGAAAGAAUUUACAAAAUAGAUAAAGUAUCUAAAAUUGUGUCCAGGAUUGAUCAAAGGUCCCUAGCCGAGCUAAAAAUGUAUCAGACACCACCUAAUGGUGUUCAUCAGACCCUGGUAGCUGCCUCGCUUUUGUUAGGCUAUGGACUAGAUGAGGUCAAGGAUUGGAGGACCUGCAAAUCGUUAUUGUUUAAAUCAGGAAAAGACAACCUUAAGAAAAGAAUGGAACAGUUUGACUAUAGGUCAGUUAGCAAUGCUAUCCUAAAUGCCGUGAAGACAAUAUUAGAACCGUACAAAGCUUGGCAAGUCAGGGAUGUCAGUAAAGGAGCAGCAACCGUAUUUCUUUGGGUCAAAGGAAUCAUAGGUGUAAUGGAAUACCAACAAGGAAAUGUAGAGCGAUGCAUGUCAGGAAAAUCGGUAAUCUCCAAGAGGGUUGCUCCACGAAGGGCAAUGCUCCCAGAAUAUUCUACCGAGAAAAACGGAACAAUCAUCUUUGAAAGUGAAGAAUGGGAUGAAUCUGACGACGAAUGAUGAACAAAUCAUGUGAAAAUGGUGGACAAAUAAAAUUCAAUUCUUAGACGAGCCUCAUUAUAUAGAAUACUAUUGAAAGCACUUGUGAUUUAAGAUUUUGUUAUUUCAUAAAUAUAAUUCUUCAUUUUUUUAAA